CUGCAGUUUGGUGCAGUUCAGUCGCGUUCAGUGGUUCAGUUCGGUUCACUGCCCCGUGAAUUGCGGCCUUGUGUUUUUGACUACGCCGUGUGAAGCUGUGUUGUUUUGUAGCUACCAUUCUGCGGUAUUUGUGGACAUUGAAGUGUGCCUGCUGAUGUUAGAUACAUCAGAGGAUUUGAUUAACUUAGGCGUUAACGGUGACAUCAGCUUCGGCGUCGUGGGCUGCAUACAAGAUUUGUUUCCUUGCAUUCAAGCUUGAGCUGCGCUGUGUACUUUCCUUCUGCCACCAAAAAAUAUGCCGCUCGCACAAUUUGCAGAUCCAUGGAAGAAAUUGCAGCUGAAAGAUGACCAGGGACGUCCGAAGGAGCGGCCCGGAAGGUCGGACCGCGAGGAGAUCCUGGUCGACGAAGCCAUCGAGCCGGACCCCGCCGCCGAGGCCGACGGCAGCAGCGUCGGCGGCGGCGGCAGCGGCGGCGCCGCCAACGAGACCGAGAUCGAGCUGAUGGAAGUGACCCGAGACGGACUGGAGAAAGCCGACCCGCGCCAGUUCGAGCUGCUCAAGGUGCUCGGACAGGGCUCGUUCGGAAAGGUGUUCCUGGUGCGGAAAAUCACCGGCUCCGACUGCGGCACGCUCUACGCCAUGAAGGUGCUCAAGAAGGCCACUCUCAAAGUGCGGGACCGUCUGCGCACCAAGAAGGAGCGCGACAUCCUGGCCGACGUGCAGCACCCGUUCGUCGUCAAACUGCACUACGCCUUCCAGACAGAGGGCAAACUCUACCUGAUACUGGACUUUCUGCGCGGCGGGGACCUCUUCACACGGCUCUCCAAAGAGAUUAUGUUUACCGAGGAGGACGUCAAGUUCUACCUGGCGGAGCUGGCGCUGGCGCUCGACCACCUGCACUCACUGGGCGUCAUGUACCGCGACCUCAAACCGGAAAACAUCCUGCUGGGCGCCGACGGUCACAUCUCGCUCACCGACUUCGGUCUCAGCAAGGAAGCACUGGACGAUAAGAAGGCGUUCAGCUUCUGCGGCACCGUCGAGUACAUGGCACCAGAGGUGGUCAGCCGCCGCGGACACACCUUCGCCGCCGACUGGUGGAGUUUCGGCGUACUUAUGUAUGAGAUGCUCACGGGCAGCCUGCCGUUCCAAGGCAGCAAUCGGCACGAGACGAUGACACAGAUCAUGAAGGCCAAGCUGGGCAUGCCGCAGUUCCUGUCGCCCGAGGCGCAGAGCCUGCUGCGUGUCCUCUUCAAACGAAACCCGGCCAACCGGCUGGGCUCAGGUCCGGAGGGUGUUCGAGAGAUUCAGAGGCACGAGUUUUUCGCCUCGAUCGACUGGGGAGCCCUGUACCGAAAGGAGAUGCAGCCGCCGUUUAAACCCGCCGUCACCCGCCAGGAGGACACGUUCUACUUCGACUCCGAGUACACAUCACGCACGCCACGAGACUCGCCCGGUGUCCCGGCCAGCGCCAACGCGCACGAACUGUUCAGAGGCUUCAGUUUCGUGGCGCCCAACAUUAACGAAGAGCUGGGUAUGGCCACGAACAACAAUAACGGCGCUCCACGCGUGCCUCCCCUCUCGGGCCAGCCGGCACCCACCAACCCCAUCAACAAGAAAAUCAAGCCGAACAACAUCAGUGACGAGUACGAGCUGCUGGAGGUGAUCGGACGGGGCAGCUUCUCCGUGUGCCGGCGCUGCCUACACCGCGCGUCGCGCACAGAAUACGCCGUCAAGAUCAUAGACAAGAAGAGCAAGAGUGACUGUCUGGAGGAGAUCGAAAUUCUGCUGCGGUACGGCACCCAUCCGAAUAUCAUCACACUUCGAGAUGUGUACGAGGACGACCGCAGCGUGUACCUGGUGACGGAGCUGCUGCGCGGCGGCGAGCUGCUCGACAAGCUGCUGCGCCAGCGGUACCUGUCGGAGCGCGAGGCGGCCGCUGUGUUCCACGUGGUGGCCUCCACAGUCCAGUACCUGCACAAGAGUGGGGUGGUACACAGAGACCUCAAGCCGUCCAACCUACUGUACGCCAGCCAGAGCUGUAAGCCGGAGACACUGCGUAUCGUCGACUUCGGCUUCUCCAAGCAGCUGCGGACGGCCAACGGGCUGCUGAUGACACCCUGCUACACGGCCUCGUUUGUGGCCCCCGAGGUGCUGAAGCGACAGGGCUACGACGCCUCGUGCGACGUCUGGGCGCUGGGAGUCAUCCUCUACACCAUGCUGUCCGGGAAGACGCCGUUCGCGAGCAGCGAGAGUGACAGCCCGGAGGCGAUUCUGCGGCGGAUAGGGGAGGCGCGGCCCGAUCUCAGCUCCGGCCUCUGGGCGUCCGUCUCGGCACCAGCCAAGGACCUGGUGCGUCAGCUGCUGAACGUGGAUCCCGGCCAGCGACUGACCGCCUCCGAGGCGCUGCGCCACCCGUGGCUGGUGGGAAGGGCCGCGCUGCCUGACGUCCGGCUGGGCCUGGCCGCACCCGACCUGCGCUCAGUCAAGGCGGCCAUCUCUGCCACGUACCGGGCCAUCAACCAGAGCGCCAACACGCCCAACCUGGGCCCGGUGGCACUGUCGGAGCUGGCGCGGCGGCGCCGCAAGUCGCGCCGCUCCUCCUCGGACGUCUAGACGCCGCCGCCGCCGCCGGCCGGCCGCGCGCACCUCACUGCCUCGGCGCCUUGUGGCUACCUCUGGGACCGCGCCCGCCCGCCCGACCGGCCGGGCUCGGAGCUCGGCGGCUGGCUGCGGCCCGGCGCGGCGGGUUUUGUACCGGGGCCAACCGCCGGCGGGAACCAAGCGUAAUGUCCACAUUCCAUUUAUUCCGUGUAUGCGGUGUGUGCGCCGGCUGUAGGACCCACUGUGCGGGGAGGUCAGCCGGCGGCCGUGCGCCGCCCGCGCUGACCUGAGUCGGUGACGGUCACACGCACCGUCCGGCUGUCUGCACUGUCUACUUAUACAGAGAUUGGAGCGCCGGGCCGUGUGUGAUGAGGAGCUUAGUGAUGCGUCGAUUUGUGCGUGUUUGUGUGACUGUGUAUGGUGGGAGGAGUGUUACCAUCCGAUGGUGUGCCGAUGUCGGAGUAAGACGGGUGGUCACGACUCGUGGCGGAACGCCGUCACUCGUGAGGUGCCAGUAGGGGCCGGCUGGUCCCGGCCGCCGGCGACACGCGGGACGCGCCGCCCGCACGCCCGCCGCUCCACCGACUCAUUAUGAUUGAAUUUUGAUGCGAAAUAUACCCAUGUCAUAGGCA